CUCCUGCCUCCAUUUUGUACCGACUGCGGGAUUUCCGGGAUUCCAUUGAACUGGGUUCGCUGAAGCCCAGCGGUCUGUCGUGAAACAACAUCGCCCCAAUUCACAGGGCAGCAAUGUUAAUGUCAACAAGCGAUAAGGUUCUGUAAAUCUUUGCCUUUCGUGCUUUCAUUUCUCGCCGUGGACGGUUUGUAACAACUUUAGAGAGUUGGCAGAAACCAGCCGUCAAUAUGACAGCGCACCACUGUAAGCUCUCGCCCGACUAACUUAACGUUAGUUAACUAACUUUCCCGUGUUUAUUCGGUGACCGGAUAGGCAGAAGAAGAUCAUCGGCUGAAGAACAGACGGUUACUGUGUGACAUUAAUGUUGUUUGGGAUAAGAUAUCAGUCACAUCGCGACCGACAGAGUUCUGUGAGGAUAAGUUCUGAAGAUUGAGAAGACUGUUGUCGUUUUUGAAGGUUUGCCAGGAUGCCUAUUCCUCCUCCUCCCCCUCCGCCUGGACCUCCACCACCCCCCACCUUCAGCCAGGCAAACACGACCGCUCCAAAACUGAACAGAGAUGAAGCAAAAGGAAGAGGUGCUCUUCUGUCAGACAUCUGUAAAGGUGCCAAACUGAAGAAGACGACCGGGGUCAAUGACAGAAGUGCACCUGUUAUUGAAAAGGCUGGAGGUCGAAGUGGCGGAGGAGGAGGUGGAGGCGGCGGUGGCAGUAGUGGUGGUGGUGGUGGUGGAGGAGGAGGAGGUGGUUUUGGAGGUAGCUCUGGUCCAAAGGCCAUGGGAGGGUUGUUCAGUGGAGGAGUGCCUAAAUUACGACCCGUCGGUGACAGCUCUGUAGGACGAUCAGCUUUGCGUCCACCUGGCUCUCGCCCUGCAGUACCUCGAGGUCUGAGUAAUUCUGAAGUGGACGGCUCCAGUCGUGGUGAUGGAAGUCGCACCUCACCUCCCGAACAGCAGCGAAAUCAUCGUCCCUCACUUCCAGACGUCUCCAAACCAUCGGUUCCAAGCAGUUCUUCAAAACCCACCAACUCCGCUCCUCCUCCACCUCCACCCUUCAAUCGCGCUGGCAAUCGCGGACCCUCUUCAGCUCAACAGGGCUCUGGGCAGAGCCGUGACAAACCCUUUCCACCACCACCACCACCUGUAAGCAAAGGGCCUCCUCCUCCACCUUCACCUGCUCGUGAGGGGACUCCUAGACAUCCUCCCCUUUCAUCUCGCUCCUCUUCAUCAUCUUCAAUUUCCUCUGGAAAUGCACCUCCACCACCUCCACCUUAUCGUCAGCCACCUGCUGCAAAUGGUGACCCAGCCCCGGAGUUGCCACAGAGGCGAAACUCGCUUAACAGAAGAGGCCAUGGUAAUGCUAAUGCCCGUAGCCAAGCUCCACCUCCUCCACCACCUUCCCAGCAGAACAGACGCCCCCCUCCACCAGCACGUGAUCCAGUGGGACGCAGCACAGCUCCUCAGGUUCCUCCUCCUAUAUCUCGUAAUGGUAUUCGGGAAACACCACCUCCUCCGCCUCCUUACCGCGGUGGCCCACAGACCUCCUCUGAGCCCCCGAGUCGUUCGAAGGCUCCUCCUCUGUCCUCUUCUGGACGUCAGUCUUCUGGACAUGCGCCUCCUCCACCUCCACCUCUCCGCAAUGGACACACGUCUUCCGCCUCAAGAUCCUUUGCUGAUGAUUUUGAGUCCAAGUAUGAUUUCCACCCAAUAGAGGAUUUUCCUCCACCUGAAGAAUACAGAAACUUCCCGAAGAGCUAUCCCAGCCACAACCACAACAACAGAGUGCGAGGUGCUCCUCCAGCUCCUCCAGUUGGAGGAAGAUGAAGAGAAUUCAGUGAAGAGGAGGACCAAAAGAAACGGAAAUACGUACACGCCGUAUACGGUAUAUAUUUAUGUGUGUGUAUGUACAUACACACAUUACACAUACAGAUGCAUCAAAUAAUGUGACAUCUUUUUAGAAAAACACUACAAAUACCAACACGAUCUCAGAUCCAAACCACUCCAGAAUGCUGUACCUCUAGAUCUGAAAACACUGUGCAAUAUUUCUCCUGCUGCCCAUGAAAAAGAAAAAGCACCUUUUAAUGUUGUGUCUGACGGAAAACAGCACAGAAAAGAGACCAAGGCAGAGCAGAAAACUCCAGUUACCAUGAAGCUAGAUGUGUACAGUCUACGUUUCCGUAAAGCAACCAAAGUUUUGUUUUUAAUUCAGUGAGAAAGUGUGUAGCACUUGUAGAUUAACCAUGCCUAUGCAUAUCAGACGCAGAGUCUGUAUUUCUCUGGACAAUCCUUUUAUUCUCACUUUUUAUUCUUUUUCUUUUAUAAUCAAUGAGGAAUGACUUUAAAUUCUGAAUGUUUGUUUACACUACAAGGGCCAUAAAACAACCUUGUUGCUUGUUCAGUUCAAGGUUGUGUGUUUUCCUGAUUAUUCUAUAAAAUCAGACUACAACAGCCAAGUUUUAAACUGGCUUUUUAAACUUUUUUUAAACUAUUUUCAUUUUUUGGCUCCGUUAAAUUGAAAGCAAAUUGACCAAAUUAACACUAAGUGCCAGCAGAUCCAUUUUGAAAUGGUGCACACACUUCCUCUUGCUGGGUACCAAUGCUUCUGGGUCAUUGCUCUCCCGUCGGUUUUGUUUUAAACCUAAGCCAAAUUUUAGGAAAUGCAUUCCAAUGGAUUUUUGUAUAAACACACUACAGAUGCUUUUUCAAACGGGCCUGUAUUAAUUUUAUUACGUUGUAUUAUAUGUUAUUAAGUGACCUAGUGUGUUCAUAAUGUUCAGGCACUUCUGAAAGAAGCUAUUAUUGGGAAUUGGUGACCAAUCAUUCUGACUUGUAAAAGUCAUUUUAUUUGUUUCUUUAAAUAUGUGUCAGUAUAAUUCUGAAAUAAAAUGUGGUAAUGGGUAA